ACAGACUAGAGGGAGGGAUCAGACAGACUCAGGAAAGCAUGGCAGGGGACAGCGAGCAGGCUCUGCCUAACCACGCGCCGAACAACGGGCAACCUUUCCUGAUCGGCGUUAGCGGGGGUACCGCCAGCGGCAAAUCAUCUGUUUGCUCAAAAAUUGUGCAGCUUCUGGGGCAAAAUGAGGUGGACUACCAUCAAAAGCAGGUGGUGAUGCUGAGUCAAGACAGUUUCUACCGAAUAUUAACCCCAGAGCAGAAAACUAAAGCACUCAAGGGCCAGUUUAACUUUGAUCACCCAGAUGCCUUUGACAAUGAACUUAUCUUGAAGACCCUCCGAGAAAUCAUGGAAGGGAAGACUGUGCAGAUUCCUGUUUAUGACUUUGUUUCUCAUUCUAGGAAAGAAGAGACUGUGACAGUGUAUCCAGCUGAUGUGGUGCUGUUUGAAGGUAUCUUGGCAUUCUAUGUCCAGGAUAUCCGGGAUAUGUUCCAGAUGAAACUCUUUGUUGACACUGAUGCAGACACACGGCUCUCCAGAAGAGUACUCAGAGAUAUCAAUGAUCGAGGACGGGACUUGGAACAAAUUCUUUCACAAUACAUCACUUUUGUAAAGCCAGCGUUUGAAGAGUUCUGUCUACCUACCAAGAAAUAUGCUGAUGUGAUCAUUCCCAGAGGUGCUGACAAUCUGGUUGCCAUUAACCUGAUUGUUCAACACAUACAAGAUAUUUUAAAUGGGGGCCUAACAAAACGGCAGACCAAUGGUUACACGAACGGUUACACCACCCCUCGGAGUAGACAUGCCUCAGAGUCCAAUAGCAGCCGACCUCACUAAGUGCCCUUUCUAUAUAUUUGUAAAUACUUUCCACCAAUACAUUGCAUAUUUUCCACCCCU